UAACAGCAGGCUGACAUCUUCUCUGGACUACAAUGAAUCAGCUGUCAACAAACUAAAACAAACUAGACGGAUUUCGACAAGUUGGAGCGAUAAAUCGCAGCAGCGAAGCUCAACAUGCAUUAAAUUGGUACUUAUGAGUUUUUUCGGACAGAUGUUAUUCUCUUAGAACGGGCUUUGCGGGAUUUUUCCGAAGAGUUUUUGGACCGAAACUGCCCUCCCGUCCCGUCCGUACUGCUGGCUAAUUAGCUCGUUAGCUAACCUGGUUAGCAGCGGCUUCUUCAACCAGCCAGUUUACCUCGGCUAUAACUUCUUUUGUCGACUUUGUAUCAUCUACCAACCACCAAAACCAGUCGUUUGGACAGUUUGGUGUCUCCUUUGGUUCCUGCCAUGGCUGACAGCAGCAUAGUGACUUUAGGGACAGCUCGGAGUCUGCUGGUGGAUUCGUCGGUCUUUGACUCGAGGCUCGCCGAAACCACCAAGGACCAUGUAUUUCUGGGCCUGGCAUCUGAAGACGGGGAAGAUAUGCUGCCCAGAGUGGAGACCAGGGUGGUUCUGGUGGGAGAAGCAGGCAGAAAUGGAGCGCUGGUCAAAGCGCUGCAGGCCAUCAGAGUAAUGGAGGUACCGGUGGUAAAGAUAAGAGGAGGCGAGCCGGGCGCCGAGGAGAAAUUGAUAAAAUCUAUAGUCAAUAUGGACAUCAAUACUCCGUUCAUAAUGACGGACAGCGUCCAGGAGUUUGGAGACGGAGAGAACACCGAUUUCGAGACGGUGUUCGUCCUGGCAGACUUCGAUUCUCCCGACUACAGCUACCUCUACAAACGGGACAACCGCAUCGUCGGGCCGCCCAUGGUGCUGCACUGCGCCGCCAAGGAGGAGCCGCUGCCGUUCUCGUGUCGCCCUCUCUACUCGACCACCAUGCUCAAUCUGACGCUGUGUUUCACCGGCUUGAGGAACAAAGAGGAAAUGAAGAACUUGGUGAAUCUGGUUCAUCACAUGGGCGGGACGAUCCGUAAAGACUUCAGCACCAAGAUUACUCACCUCAUCGCCUACUCCACUCAUGGAGAGAAAUAUAAGCUGGCGGUGUGCAUGGGGACGCCCAUCGUCACUCCAUCGUGGAUCCACAAGGCCUGGGAGAGGAGGGAUGACAUCUCGUUCCACGCGGGAGAGGAGGAUUUUCGUACCGAGUUCAAAGUGCCUCCAUUCCAGGACUGCGUCCUCAGUUUCCUGGGUUUCUCAGAUGAGGAGAAGGCCAACAUGGAGGAGAGGACGCUCAAACACGGUGGCAGUCACGUCGAGGUUGGCGAUGACAAGUGCACCCACAUGGUCGUGGAGGAAAACUCGGUGAAAGUGCUGCCUUUUCCUCCCCCCGAGAAACUCUUUGUGGUCAAACAGGAGUGGUUCUGGGGAAGCAUUCAGAUGGAUGCGCGAGCUGGAGAGUCCAUGUAUCUCUAUGAGAAAAAUGACAGCCCAGCGAUGAAGAAGGCGGUGUCCCUCCUCUCCCUCACCACACCAAACAGUAACCGAAAGCGUCGACUGAGGGACACGUUGGCUCAGCUCACGAAGGAGACAGAGAUCUCUCCCUUUCCUCCGCCACGCAAAAGGCAGUCGGCAGAGCACUCCCUGUCUAUGGGCUCUCUGCUGGACAUCUCCAACACUCCCGAGACAUGCAAGGCCCUGACAGAGAGUUCAAAGCCGUCCAAGAGUUCGACUCCGGCAUUGUCCAAGCAGUCAGCCAGGUGGCAGGUCUCCAAGGAGCUCUAUCAGACUGAGAGCAACUAUGUAGACAUUUUAACAACCAUACUACAGCUUUUCAAGCUCCCAUUGGAAAAAGAAGGACAGGUGGGCGGGCCUAUCCUGGCCCAGGAGGAAAUUAAAACCAUUUUUGGCAGCAUCCCGGACAUCUAUGAGGUUCACACCAGGAUAAAGGCUGACCUUGAGGAGCUUCUGACAGACUGGUCAGAGGACAGGAGUGUUGGAGACAUCAUCCUCAAAUAUUCUAAAGAGCUGGUGAAGGCCUACCCGCCGUUUGUCAACUUCUUUGAAAUGAGCAAGGAGACAAUCGUCCGGUGUGAGAAACAAAAGCCUCGCUUCCACGCUUUUCUCAAGAUCAACCAGGCCAAGCCGGAGUGUGGCAGACAGACACUGGUGGAGCUGCUCAUCAGGCCUGUGCAGAGGCUGCCCAGUGUGGCUCUUCUACUUAAUGACAUUAAGAAGCACACAUCAGAUGACAACCCAGACAAGAUAACUCUCGAGAAAGCCAUCGAGUCUCUGAAAGAAGUCAUGACUCACAUCAACGAGGACAAGAGGAAGACCGAAGGCCAGAAGCAGAUCUUCGACGUGGUUUAUGAAGUCGAUGGCUGUCCUGCCAACUUGCUGUCCUCCCAUCGCAGUCUGGUGUACCGGGUGGAGACCAUCGCGCUGGGAGACCAGCCAUGUGACCGCGGCGAGCACGUCACACUCUUCCUCUUCAACGACUGCCUUGAGAUUGCGAGGAAGCGUCACAAGGUGAUCAGUACGUUUAAGAGUCCGCUGGGGCAGACGAGGCCGCCGGCACAGCUCAAACACAUCACACUGAUGCCGCUGUCCCAGAUACGAAGAGUCCUGGACCUGCAGGACACGGAGGAGUGUGUGAAUGCGUUUGCCUUGGUGGUUCGUCCUCCCACCGAACAGGAGAACCUGUUGUUCAGCUUCCAGCUGGCCGGGGAGGAAACGGUUAAAACCGCCUGGCUGCGAACACUCUGCCGCCACGUCGCCAACACCAUCUGCAGGGCUGAUGCGGAGGACCUGAUCCAGUGCACAGACCCAGAUUCACUGCAGGUCAGCACCAAGGAUAUGGACAGCACGCUGAGCAAAGCCUCCAGGGCCAUCAAGAAGACCUCCAAGAAGGUGACAAGGGCAUUUUCUUUCACCAAGACCCCUAAGCGUGUGAUCCAGAGAGCGUUCAUGGCCAGCAGUACUCCAGAUGACAAAAGCCCAAGGCUAAGUUGUGAAAACCGCAUCGGCAGCAGCUCCACGCUGGCUAUGGCCCGCUCUGUCUCCACCUUCAGUUUGAGUGAUUCCACCAAGGGCAGUGCUGUGGUGCAGCGCUCUAACUCCCUGGAUCACCCUCCUGUCAGAGCCAGGGUCCCUGUCUGUAUACGCACCCCAUGCAGCCCAAACCCUGUGCCCAGCCCUGAUCCAAACACUGCCCCUGCAUUUAACCUUGAUUGCCCAAGCAGCCUGAAUCCUAAGUCCACCGUCCAAGUUUCAUCAUCAUUGUCCCAACCACUACAACCCCGUCCCAGUAUCGCCACUUCCCAACCAUCUGCCUUUUCCACCACCAGCCUCCUCCCAGCUGCCCACAACUCCGCCCGCCUCAGCUCCGCCAAACUUGACCCAAAAUCAACUUCUGGUCACCAAACAUCCAGACAGCCAGCUCCUCUAGGGUUCCACUCCAAGGCGCCAGCUCCCCAGACUGUGAAUCCCACAGGCAGACUCCUUCCUGGGUCAUGCAGGGGCCCCCGGGCCCCCGUGGAGCCUUACAAGGCAGGCCUGACCAGCCCUCGCAGGGAGACUCUGCUCUAAACCACCAGCCAGUCCAAGCCUAGUCCAGCAGUCUCACGCGCACCAUUCACCCUCCAUGGUCAACCUGUCCUCCAUGUUUGAGAGGAAGUACCACACGUUCAGCCGAUCGACGACUCAUCUCUUCUGAGCCGCCGCUGCUGCUGCUGCUGUUUGGGACCAAACCGUGUUUUCACUUUCCACGUUUGCCUCCGCCGCAGAGGACUGCCAGAUGUGACGGAACAGAACAGGGUUAAAUGUAUUACAUUAAAGUUAGCCAUACCCUCAGAGUAUGCCACGUUAGUAUUUGUCCAUACUGGACUGCUGCACAGGCCGGCCACAUCUGGAUUAAACGGCACAACGGCCAUUUAGGCGUAUUAUUAGAGAAACACUUUGACACUAACCGCAUGCCGGUCUGAUGUGAGGCUGUAUCAGAUUAGGUGUCGCUGUAGACCUCAGCCGAUCGGCAUCGGGUCUCACAAACAGCCAAACAAUUGUUGUGCGUCCGCCUGAGCCUCAUCACGUGAUGUGUUGGGCCGCCGCGUGUCCGAGCUCAUGCUGGGAACCUGGGAGGAAACACAUUCCACCGUCACUCUGGGCUUCUCCAGGCGAACUCGUGCACAUUUUCUAAUUUUUUUUUUUACAGCUGAGCUAAGCUUGCCACUGUUUGUGUUGCUACGAGCGAACUGCAACGGUACUGCACUGUUUUAGGGGUUAGAGGUGAUGAUUGGAUUGCCGCUGGCUCUGGCAGAGUUUUAUCCACCUUUAAAAAAAAAAAAAUAAUAAUACUAAAAGAAAAUGAAGGAAGCUCUGCUCUUUGUAUGCAUUUGUUAAAGGAUUCUCUCGGUAUAUUGAUUGGUUGUUUGCCAGGCUCUUGUAACAUUUUGUGCUCUUACAUCUGCCUGGUUUGUCGGCACCGCCUAUUGAACUGAAGUGUUGCCAUUAACUGCAGGCCAAGUAAACAGCACAUUUCUAUCCUUUUGCUUUUCAACGAGGAUUCCUCGCCGUCCCGAGAUGCUGUUUUUCAUUUAAUUGAAAUGCCAAUAGGUAAAACCGUCUCCCUGCUUUAACUAGAGCCCCCAAGAAGUAUAAUGCACUGUAAUCUGGAAUUUGAAAUGCCGAGGUGUAUCGCUUUAACAAAUGAAGGACGCUCAGCUCUGUGUGUGUUUGUGUGUUUGUUUGUAUUUACAACAUAAAGUUACAAGUUUGUCGUCUCUCUCUUGGCAUCGACUGUGUUCCUUUUUAAUUCACUGACUCCAGUAUACUUUGUGGAGAGAGGCCUUUAUAUUAACUGACAUUUUAUAUUGUUUUAUUGUAGCGGGAUAGACUUAGUUUCAUCUAAUAAUAUUAAUAAUUAUAAUUAAUCUAUUUUCUCUGUUUGUGUUGCCUUCACUUACCUUUGAGCUUUUAUAAAGCUUCUCUGUUUUAACACCGAAGGGAUCAGGAUCACAGUGGACAGAUCUGAGCCUGUCUGCUUCUUCACUUUUUAAAUGAUUGUUUAUGUCUCUGUGUAGUUUUUUUUUGUUUGGUCAAAGAAGGGAUGCUGCAUCAGACUCCGUAUUUAUUCUAGCUGAAUAAAUGUUAUAUCUGUUUUCCUUUUUCUCUCGCUAUUUAUGUUCAUUUCUCUCCUGUUUCUGCGUCACACUUCUGUUUCCUGUUGUUUUCCUCGGGGUUGAAUUGUCUCCUGUCGAUUCAUAUCUGUAUUCAAUGCACUUACACUUGUUCAUGGAGAUUUAAGCUUUUUAUUUCAGCUGUGUAGGAUUCCGUUAUCGCAACAUGAACAGCAACAACAACAACAAAAAAAGACAAAAGUGUUCCUUCUGUUCAUUUGUAAUGAGUGGUAAUUAUGCCAAGUCGUUUGAAAAUAAAUUCAUUUAUUUCGUUUUAAUAAAAAAAAACACCCUUCAAGA